AUGUCGGGAAACACCGUCUGCACGUGCUGGCGGCCCCGGCUGCCCGAGGUGGGGGCGCUUGCUCUCACCCCUCGACUCCAGCGCGCCGGUGGUGUUUGCAGGACUAAGAAGCAAGUGUUUCCCGAUCUGCCCUGCCUAUACAUUUAUGUGAAACAGAACGGAGUCUGGACCCGGCGUGGAAAUGAUUUCGGCGUGUGCGCGGGGCCCGGGGCUGCGGGGCCUCCCUCCGUCCGCGGGGAGCCGGUGCUGUCCGCCCGGGCCGGCGUCGCGGGGGAGAUGACAGCGUCAUGGGACGGGGCGCGGCGGGAGUGCUUGGAUGACAGAGAACAAAACAGAAUCCAGUGUGCAGUCAGCGCAAAGCUGGUGCCAGAGCUCAGAAGCCCGGGGCUGCCUCGACCCCAGGCGUUUGCGUCACCAAGCUGCACGCUCCAGGGCUCCCUGAAGAGGAAGCAGGUGGUCAGCUUGUCCCCCACCAACACCAAGAGGCCCAACGGCUUUGUGGACGGCGCGUUCCUGGACAUCAAGCGAAUUCGCAUCGGGGAGGCCCUUGGCGCGGGCCCCGGGGCGCUGGCAGUGAGUAACGGGCAGAGCCAGGUCCCGGCGGGGGCCGCACCCCUGAGCCAGGGGCCCCUGAGGAAACCCGGCGCCCCGGCCCCCCUCCCGCUCCCUCCCGGCGACGGCGGGUUCGGUGCCGCCUUGAAGGAGGUGAAGAAGGAGCCAGGGGAGGUGCUGUCCUGCAGCAAGCAUGCGGACGGCCCGGCCGCCCAGGACAGCCUCUUCUCCCCCCGCUUCGGGGAGGACCCCGCGGAGCCGCUGAUGGACCCCGAGCUGCAGGAGCUGUUCAACGAGCUGACCAGCAUCAGCGUGCCGCCCAUGAGUGACCAGGAGCUGGAGAACAUGAUCAACGCCACCAUCAAGCAGGACGACCCCUUCCAGCUGGAGCCCGGCCAGCCCAGCCAGAGGGGCACGCCCAGGCCCGCGCUGCCUCUGGACACGGCGGCCGUCAAAAGCGAGUUCUCACCCGGCCUGGCCCAGGGCCCCGUGGGCUCGCCUCAGCUGAGGCCCCCGUCCGCCGGCCCCGCCUUCUCCAUGGCCAGCUCCGCCCUGUCCACGUCCUCCCCCAUCCCGGUGGCCCCUCAGGGCCAGGCCACACUGCAGACCGCCGCGGGGACCGGCCGGGGCUGGCAGGAGGCGUCCCACGCCCAGCAGCUCAAGCAGAUCGCCGCCCAGCGGCAGCAGCACACCCGGCUCCUGCAGCAGCACCAGGCUGCCAGCUGGCCGGCCCUGCCCGCGUCCACUGGACCCUCCCCGGGCCCCUUCGGGCAGGAGAAGAUCCCCAGCCCUUCUUUCGGCCCGCAGGGCUCCCCCCGGCCUGGGGCGGCUGGCAGUGGUGGCCAGGCCAAAGUCAUGGCCAGCUACGUGUACAAGGCCAGCCCCUCGGCCCAGGCCGGGCACCUGGACGCGCUGAUGCCGCAGAAGGCCCAGGACCUCAGUCGCGGCUUCCUCGGCAGCCCGCACGCGGCCCCGGAGCCCCGGCUCGGCAGCACCAAGCCCCUGUUCCACUUCGGGUCCGACCCAGCGAGCCAGCAGGCGCCUCCUGUGCUGGCCCCCCAGGGCAAGUCUGCCCUCCUGCACUACGGCCCGCAGCCACCGCCAGCGGCCCAGGCCGCCCCGCCGCUGCCCAGCCAGCCCCUGCUGCGGUCGCCCCUGCCACUCCAGCAGAAGGUCCUGCUCCAGAAGAUGCAGACCCCGCCCGUCACGGGGCUGGGCUAUCAAGUGGCCCCGCAGCACCGGCAGGACCAGCGCCCCGCGGUGGGCCAGAGCCCCGGCCCCGGCCCCGGCACCUGCGCGAACCCGACCUCCGGGAGCGGCUACGCAGCCCCGCAGCCCGCGCUGGCCCAGCCCACAGCCGGGAAGAAGCCGGCACUGGCGCGGCAGGCGCUGGAGCAGCAGCUGCUCCUGCAGCAGCAGGAAAAAAUGGCUGCACAAGAUCAGAUAAACAGACACCUGACGAGGCCGCCCCCCGAUUAUAAAGACCAAAGGAGAGUCGUGGGCACCGUGCAGCCCAGCGCCCAGUAUUCUGGAGGCUCAUCCACGGUGACUUUAAAGUCCAGCCAGACGUUGGCAAACCCGGUUUCAACACACACCAUUUUGACGCCCAACCCCAGCCUCCUGUCGACCGCGCACGGAAGCAGGGUGUCCGCAGCCGCGCCGCAUGGGGGCCUGUUCGGCGGCCUGCCCUGCAGCCAGCCGGGCGCCUACAGCGUGCCCGCGGGGAUGGCACCGCCGCCCCAGCCAGGGAGCCCCGGCCGGCCCCUGGCAGGCCAGAGCAGCCCCCUGAUGCCGCGGGCGCCCGCCCUGGGGCCCGGCGCUAACACCGGCGCAGCCACCUUCGCGGCUGGCGCUGCCCCGCCGCUGAGACCCACCCUGGCCCACGGCAUGGCGAGCCUGCCGGCCCAGCGGACGCCCGCGGUCAUGAUCACGCCCAGCACGAGCGCACCCAGCUGGGCCUCCCAAGAAGCCGCAGCCAAGCAGCAGGACGCGCUGAAGCCCCCCGGAGCCGGCCGCUUCCCCGCCGGCGCCCCUGCGGCCUACGCCCCGCACCAGCCCUUGCAGCAGCCGCCGGCGGCCAGCCCGCAGUUCCCCCAGCGGCCGGCGGCCCCGCCCAACCCCGUGGCCCCCGCCCUGCAGCUGAGGCCCGGGGGCCAGAUGAGCCAGACUUUGAACGGGCAGGCGCUGGGUCCACUCAGAAGCCUGGGCCUCAGGCCCGGCCAGCUGGGCACGCAGCUGCUGUCCAGUGUCAGCCAGCCGGGGACCGGGCUGAGCCAGGCCAGGACAGGCGCCAGCCAGCCGGCCCUGGCCCCCAGCGGCUUUCCGUCCCCCGGCCACAGCUCCAGGGCUCCUCUCGGGGCCGAGCCGGGCGGUGACUUAGCCUUCGACUUUCUCAGCCACCAGGCGGACCCCAUGGGCCCCACCCUGAACAGCGACGCGGACUUCAUCGACUCCCUGCUGAAGACGGAGCCCGGGGGCGACGACUGGAUGAAGGACAUCAAUUUUGAUGAGAUCUUGGGGAGCGGCUCCUGAGGGGGCGCAGAGGCCCCCCCAGCCUGCGGGCAGCGUUUCUCCAGACCUGAGCCCCGGGUCGCUGGCCCCAGCCUCGGACGCCCUGGAGAUGCCGUGGCUUGGAGCUGGAAAGACACCAGAGAGGCCAACGUUCUCCUCCAAAGGCUGGUUUUCGGUCCUCUGCCUGCGAGCAAAGCACCGCUCAGCUCCUGGACAGUGUUUCCGGCCCGUGCAGACAGCCGGUGGGCUGGGGACGAGGGGCCCGGGGGGCCACCGAGUAGGACGGCCGCCCAGCGCGCCUCCCCCAAGGAGAGGGCAGGACGGUGCGUGGAGCCGCGGAGCAGCCCCUGCCCCAGCCCGCAGCGGUCCUGCCCCCUCUCGUGGCCCCACCCUCGUGCCCCCUACUUUCCCAGGCGCCCAGGCCGCGGGAGGGUGCAGGUGGGAGUCAGGGACGAGCCCCGGGGACCCACAGGCCGCCUGGGCCAGGCAGUCCAGGCCCGGAGCCCCUCCCCUGCUGUGGCCCUAUGGAGCGGCCGGGUCCUGCGCCCCAGCAAGAAUGUGGACGUGCCCCAGAUUAUUUGGGCUCCCACGUCCAAUUCCUGAGUCUGGUUCCAAGUCUCAGGCACACCUGAGGCCUGGCCAGGCGGCGCGAGCCAUUGUCCGUGCGCUGUGGGCAGCUGGUCUCGCGGGUAGGAGCACCCGCCACCCUCCCUGGGCUUGGCUCCGAAGAGACCUUCUGGGCACGGGUCACCGGGGUCCUGCUGAUGGGUGAUGCCAGCUCCUUCCCAGGCGGGGUGCUGGGCCCGGCCCCCCUGUAUAGCGUGCUCCCCAAGGCCGAGCUUGUAGGAAAACGCAGUCGGGGCCAGGGUGGAGGUGAGCAGGCGUCUUGCUUUGUUUGCAGGUAGAAGCAAAGGUCAGGACGGGGUGGGGGGUGGGCUCCCUCACAGACUCCCGGGGCAGUUAAAGGAAGGCGGCACUGAGGGGGCAGCCUGCCCUUGCUGACACUUUCUGGUUACACAGCUGGCAGGAGGUGCUGCUCAGCAGCGGCCUGUCCCUCCUGUUCCCGAGGGGAACACCCUGGCCUCGGGCUGGCGGCCCCUGCCGAGCCAGCCACCCCCCAGGGCUCAGCACUUACUGCAGGGCCUUUGGCAAGUCAUGACCCCAGCGCCCACCUGCAGACCAGCGUCCUCCAGGCGGACGUGCUGCUGGGGCCCUGCAAAUCCCUCUCACCUUCCUAACCACAGAGGAGGACCAGCACCUUCAUACUCGGCCACCAAGCGUGGGGACCUGAGGUUGGGGGAUAAGGAAGCCUUUCACGCUCCCAUCAAAAAUUAACACAUUUUUAUAAGUCCCUGCAAAGCCCUUUCCGAACCUUCCAGUCGUCCGGAAGCGCGCCCUUCGCACAGGGCCCCGCCGCCAGCCCCGGGCCUCUCCUGUGCUAGGCUGUACAUGUGGAUAAAUGACUCGUUUUGUAAACUUCUGUAAAGAAUAUUUUGGUAGAAAUACUGAAAACAUAUUCUUUGGGUUAUAUUUAUACCUAUGUGAAAUAAAUAUACUAUCAAAAGGUUAUAUUUUAUACAAAAAGUAAAUUGUUACCUUUUGUAUGCUGAUACACAAAGUUUUGUAUAAUAGGAUGGUUUCUUUUUAGCUCUACACUUAAGACCCCAGGUAGCCAAGGGGGAGCUCUGG